CAUUCAGAGUAGUUCAUACUCGGCCUCGGUAUCGUGAGCACGUGCUUUGCAACAGACUGGCGGCUCGGGACAGUGAGGCAGAGAGACAAACAGAUUGAGAGAGAGAGAGAGAGAGAGAUACAGAAACGAGAAGUUUCGCUUCUUCUUUUCUCUGGCGAGAAGCAGCCGCUUUUUUAAUGGCGUUGAAUGUCUACUAAGCUCUUUCUGUCUCUUAUUGUCCUGGGAGAAGUAUUAUGGACGACUGGUUAGUUGUGAUUUGUUAUGGAAAUCAGGGAGUAGGGACGAACCAAAUCACAGAAAAAAGGAGGAAAAUCUGAAGGUUGACGAUAUACUCCGCGAACAUAUUUCUCGAUAACAAUACAAGAUUACAAGAAAGACAUUCGUGAUAGCUGGAAAAGCUUUGCUCUACCUUGAGAACUGCAUUUUGCAGCCUGUCUGCAAAAUCACCAGAAAUUAUUGAACGAAGGUUGGAACUCGGCAAAAUACAAAAUGUUACCACCCAGGACUAUACUCAAGAUGUAUUGGAGAACUUUCCUUCUCAUAUUAUCUCCCAUCAUCGUCGCCAUCUUACCCAUAGUUUCAGCGACAGACGAGGCCAAAUGCGGCUACGUCAUGAUCAUGAUGGCCAUCUUCUGGAUGACGGAGAUGUUUCCACUGCCGGUAACAGCGCUCAUCCCUGUCUUUGCCUUCCCCUUCCUGGGCAUCCUUCCGACUGGGGAAGUCACUCAGUUGUACAUGAAGGAGAACAUCAUGAUGUACAUUGGAGGAAUGAUGAUUGCUGUUGCGUCUGAGCAUUGCAACUUGCACAAGAGGAUCGCUCUCUUUGGAAUCUUUUAUUUGGGUGAAAGCCCGAGGAGACUAUUGGCUGGUGUCAUGUUGACCACCAUGUUCCUGUCGAUGUGGAUUGCCAGCAAUGCCGCGACCGCUUGGAUGGUGAAAGUCGUGGAUGCGCUUUUGAUCGAGCUGUUUCUAUCAAGUGAGAAGGUCGAGGAAUCCAUUGUCUGCUGUAGUGAAUACACCGUGACUUAUAACGGGAGGGGUCGCGUCGAAGUUCAAGGAAUUGAAAAUGCCGGUUACGUUGCGGACGAUGACUGUGAGUCCGGAAGGAACAAAAAUGUCCAGAUCGCCACCAAAUUCCGGAAGGUGAAGGAAGAGAAGCCGAGACCCAAGAAUAUCCUGGAGAUGACUCUGAACGACGAAUGUCGGGCAUUGAAGGACAUGUUCUUCUUGUCCGUGGCCUAUUCUGCCAACUUAGGAGGAACAGGAUCCAUGACGGGCACCAGCACUAACCUAGUCCUUCGGGAUGUCCUUGGGAGCACGCCAACUGGUCUCAACUUCGCUUCGUGGAUGGCGUUCAGCAUCCUCGGAAUGCUGCUGUGUGUGACUUUAGCUUGGAUCUGGUUGCAAGUCGUUUUCGUGGGUCUUUGCCGGAAAGAGCGACAAAGCUCUCAGGAACUAAGCCCCGCCAAAGGAGCAGCGCAAAGGAAAAUCAUGUCAGACGAGUAUGCGAAAAUGGGCCCAAUGACGCACCACGAGAUCACUGUCUUCUCUCUCUUCAUCGUUAUGGUCCUGGUGUGGUUCUUCCGGUCUCCUGAAUUCAUUCCUGGCUGGUCAUAUUUAUUUAAAGACGCCACCGGGAAGAAAUAUGAAAUCAAUGAUGCUUCGUCUGUCAUACUUAUAAUUUUAGCCCUCUUCGCCUUACCUGCUAAUUUGAGCUUCUUCAAAAACAUCGCAAGUAAAGACGAAACCCCGCUCCCGGCAGCCCCUGGUUGCCUCAACUGGAAGGUAGCCCAGGCGAGGAUCCCUUGGGGAAUUUUCAUUGUUAUGGGAGGAGGCAUAGCAAUGGCUGAGGGCUGGAAGAAGUCAGGCCUGUCGUCCUGGAUGGCCCAGCAACUCACUGUCUUCAACGCCUUUCCCAAAGAAGCCACAGUGUUCUGUGUUUGUCUUUUCCUAACUGCGCUAACCGAUGUUACAGCGAACGCUCCGACUGCGUCCAUUUUCCUGCCUGUGUUGAAGGAAAUGGCUGUGAACUUCAAGGUGAACCCCCUCUACCUGAUGUUACCGGCCACCAUUUGCUGUUCCUGCGCCUUCAUGCUUCCCGUGUCGUCGCCUUCAAAUGCCAUCGUCUUUAACGUGUCCGGAGUGCAGAUCAAAGACAUGAUGAAGGCGGGUAGCGUCAUGAUCGUGCUAUGUGUUAUUGUUAUUACCGGGAUGACCAAUACUGUUGGCGUCCUCAUUUUUGACCUCCACACUAUGCCUGCGUGGGCCAACUCGUCUGCCGUCUCAUAGGAAGGUCUUUGGGCAUUGUUGCAUAGCAUGGAGGGUAUGGGAAGGCACAAGAGUGGGCCUCUUUUUACGGGCGUGUCCAGGAACGACAGCCGGGGCCGGCGAAAGACCAGCUUCAUCUUAAGCAACAGGAGAUCAUCUUUCCCUGGUUAGACCACUCCUUCCCUUAGCACGGCAUCGUGGAUUCUGGAGAAGAUUCAGGUCCUGGAACAGUGAUUUAGUGUAGGAAAUGCAACUGUUAUUAGAAAAUGCUUUGCUAACUUCACCGGACCGGCUAAAAUAUGUGAGGAAAAGAAAAACAAAAUUAUAUAUAAAAAUGUAUAACUUUAAGCUGGCCGUUGCUGAGCAAACACUGUUAAUACUAUGUGACUGUAAAUAAUUAUUAUUCAAAGACGAGGUCGUAAUUACUCGACAAAAUGUUCAGAGUUUAGAUUUUCUGGACAUCGUGCAAAAUACGGCAGUAGAAUUAUGCCGUUAGAUGAUAUAAUGUAUAAAUGAAUGUAUGGUAUUC